UUUAAACAGAAUAAGAGGAAAUGAGUUAUAAUAGAGGCAGAUUUAAUUACCGGAAACGUGGUUUUUCACGUGGAGGAAGUAGUUCAUCAGGACGGAGCACCCCAUCAAACGAAUCAUCUGUGCAAUCUUUUACCAAUUCUGCUAAUUUACCGGAAGUUGUCAGAAGAUCUGGAGAGCAACCUUUAAUAUCAGUUGCUUUGGACGUUAUUCCUGGACCUUACCAGGAUGGAAAAGUAUUUCCCUUUGAAGGAGAUCCAGUAUUCAGUGAAGAUUGGCCUAUGUUUCAAGAGGAUCUAAGAGAAAAACCGGAAUAUACUUUGAACUGCUUGGGGCUAGCCAUGCAUCAGGUGAGGUAA